UGUAUUCUGGUGAAGAGCAAAUUUCCUGGUUCCAUUGUUCCUAACAAGUCAUCCAGGUCCUGAAGGAGCAAAGAAGCCCCAGAUGGGUGAGCCUGGGUCCAGGUGCUGCUGAUCAUCGUCAGCAGGUUAUUUAAACCGGUCCUUGGCUUCACAUCAUUGCCAGAUCAACAACUCACCUACAGAUCCUGUACUGCUUGCCUGGCAAAACGCCUGCUCGUUCACCUGUUCUAUCACUAAACUGCCCACCGGAUUCUUCGGACAGCAGGUAUCUUCCAGCCCCUAGCAGCUGCGUCUCUCCAGCCUUCCCUGACGCCGACUCUCCCAUACUGAUGAGUCCGGGGAGCCGCGCACCUCCUCCUGACGUCGCCUCCUUUCCCUCACACCAGCUUGCGCAACGACAGUGACCGAGGGAGCCGCGUAAGCGCAGCCUUCAGCAUCCCCUGACAGCCUCGCACUCUCGCCGGCUCUUCAACAUCCAAGCGCGGACCUUUGGAACGAAUCCGUCUGAGAAGGGGGGAUGCGUGCGAUAACCGCUGCCACUUUUCCAUCGGCAUCGCUACCUCCGUGUGGAAUCGGCAACUGCCAGCGCAUCUGGUCCUCCAGGAGGAGCUAUGCCUGACUCUACCGCGCCACAACCCGCCUGCAGCCCUCCUCGGCACAGUCCCUUGGACUCCCUCUCUACCUGCCCGGAGGAGCCGAUGCAAGCUUGCUAAAAAGAAUAACGGGGUUUGAAAAGGCCCAUAAGCGACACUUCCAGACCAUUUUCUCUGGUGGGGAGGAAUUCCAAGCCUUUCUCGACACGCAGAUUGAUUGCUGUCUCUUUGGAUCAUGCAAACAUUAUUACUACGGUGAAGGAGAGAGAAAAUAAAGGAUGGAUCCGGUUAUGUGUGUUGUGGGGCUACUGGUGCUGCUUCUGGAGGGCAUCCGUUGCCAAGGAGUGUACGCGCCUCCUACUGUCCGCAUCAUCCACUCAGGGCAUGCGUGCAACGUGGAAGAGGAGCGGCACACGGAGCGUGUCUACACCAUCCGGGAGGGCGAGACCCUGGAACUCAGCUGCCUGGUGACAGGACAUCCGCGGCCGCAGAUCCGAUGGACCAAGACCGCUGGCAGCGUGUCGGACCGCUUCCAGGACUCUAGUGUCUUCAAUGAGACACUGCACAUCGCCAAAAUCCUGAGGACGCAGGGUGGCCGCUACUAUUGCAAGGCGGAGAAUGGCCUUGGCUCACCUGCUAUCAAGUCUAUUCGGGUGGAUGUUUAUUAUCUUGAUGACCCGGUGGUGACAGUGCACCAGAGCAUCGGAGAGGCGAAGGAGCAGUUCUACUACGAGCGGACAGUGUUCCUGCGCUGCGUGGCUAACUCCAACCCGCCGGUUCGCUACAGUUGGCACCGUGGCCGGGAGGUGCUGACCCAGGGCUCCGACAAGGGCGUGGAGAUAUAUGAACCCUUCUUCACGCAGCAGGGGGAAACGAAGAUCUUGAAGUUGAAGAACCUGCGGCCGCAAGACUACGCCAACUACAGCUGCGUGGCCUCUGUCAGGAACGUGUGCGGCAUUCCUGACCGGAGCGUCAUCUUCCGGCUCACCAACAAGACAGCCUCGCCGUCCAUCAAGCUGUUGGUGGAGGACCCCAUCGUGGUGAACCCCGGCCAGACCGUGUCAUUGGUCUGCAUCACCACCGGCGGGGAGCCUCCGCCGCUCCUCACGUGGCUCACCACCAAUGACAGCUUGCCACAGAGGAGCAUGGUGAAGGGUGGCACGCUUACCCUACCCGCCAUCAGCUCGGAUGAGGCAGGCGUCUACAGUUGCGUGGCCAGCAACAACGUGGGAAACCCAGCUAAGAAGUCCACAACCAUCAUCGUGCGAGCGUUAAAAAAGGGUCGCUUCUGGAUCACUCCUGAUCCCUACCACAAUGACGACAACAUCCAGAUCGGUCGGGAAGUGAAGAUAUCUUGUCAAGUGGAGGCUACGCCCCCGGAGGAACUCACCUUCAGCUGGUUGAAGAACGGCCGCGCAUUGCGAAGCUCGGAGCGCAUGGUCAUCACACAGACGGACACGGACAUCUCACCCGGCACCACCAACUUGGACAUCAUCGACCUCAAGUUCACCGACUUCGGCACAUACACGUGUGUGGCUGCGCUGAAGGGCGGUGGCAUCCCCGAGAUCAGCAUCGACGUCAACAUCUCCUCCACUACUGUCCCUCCUCUGUUUUUCUCUUUCUUAGUUCCUCCCAACCUGACAGUCCCCCGGGGCAAGUCCCCCCUGGUGGCCCGUGAGGGAGAAACAGUGGAGCUGGAGUGCCUUGUUUCAGGAAAGCCCAAGCCUAUCAUUCUGUGGUCACGUGCCGACAAGGAGGCUCCGAUGCCAGACGGUAACAUGCAGAUGGAGAGCUACGACGGAGCACUCCGUAUCGUCAACGUGACGCGGGAGAUGACCGGAUCGUACCGAUGCCAGACUAGCCAGUACAACGGAUUCAACGUCAAGCCUCGUGAGGCCGUGGUGGAGCUCAUCGUACAAUACCCCCCCACGGUGGAGCCGGUCCACAUGGAGCUACGUCAGGGCCUGGGCCGGCCUGUGGUGAUGACGUGCCGCGUGUUGCGGGCGCACCCGUCGCGUGUGCUGCGCUUCGAAUGGUUGCUGUCCAACCGGCUGCUGCACGCCGGCGCUUUCGAUGCGCAGCGGGAUGACACCGAGUACAUCAUUCGUAGCCUGAAUCGUGAUGGCUGGGGGGAGUACACCUGCAACGUUAUCAACGAGGCCGGAGCGGGAAAGUGCACCUUUCAUGUUACAGGAAAGGCCUACGCUCCCGAGUUCUACUAUGACACCUACAGCCCCCUGUGGCAGAACCGGCCCAGGAUCUAUGACUUCAAGCUCCAGUGGACACAAAUGAACCCCAAUGCUGUGGACCGCAUUGUGGCCUACAGACUUGGCCUCAGACAGAUGGGACAGCAGCGAUGGUGGGAGCAGGAGAUUCCCAUGGACGGUACUAUCAACAAGGGAGAGCUCAUGACUCACAACCUGACUGAUCUCAUCAAGCCCGAGUCCUACGAAGUGCGCCUUACCCCCAUCACCCGUUUUGGCGAGGGUGACUCCACCGUGCGGAUCGUCACCUACAGUGCUCCCAUCAACCCUCACCUAAGAGAGUUCCACUGCAGCUUUGAGGAGGAGCCCAUCUGCAUGUUCACCCAGGACAAGAACGACGACUUUGAUUGGACGAGGCACAGCGCCGCCACCCGCGACACCAAGUACACGCCAAAUACGGGACCUAGCGGGGAUCGUGCUGGCUCCAAGCAGGGUUUCUACAUGUACAUCGAAACGUCAAGACCACGGAAGGAAGGGGAUCACGCGCGGCUCGUCAGUCCGUUUUUUAACAUCGCCCCGAAGAACCCCUACGGCAUCACCAACCCACCGGCCUACUGCUUUGGCUUCUUCUACCACAUGUAUGGAAAACACAUAGGGACGCUAAAUGCCUUAGUCAAGCAAAAGGGCCUGGCCAGCUCGGAUGGGCCAGUGUGGUCAUUGAGCGGUAACCAAGGAGAGCGCUGGAAGCAAGCCAAAGUCAGCGUCCAUCCGACAGCGUCAUUUCAGGUGGUACUGGAGGGAAUCAGAGGACCAGGCAUCGAGGGAGAUAUCGCCAUCGAUGACGUCACAUUAGAGGAAGGGGAGUGUCGAGACCCGCCGCCCACAUUCAUCUGUCCUCUCCGUAGGGAAGAAAAUGAGCCGGUAGCCGUAGCAACACUUUUGUAAUCACAUGAACAGCGGCAACGAUGGUAAAGUGGAGGGACGGUAAUGGGGUCGUAUGAGCAAGCCAGAGGUAAAGAAAUAAUAAUAAGGAGGGGGAAAAAGUAAUACGUAGAAGUAGGACAUCUAAAAUGGCCUGAAAUUGACAAGGUAAUCUCGGACAGGCAGAAGUGAUGCCGUUGCUUUGAUUGAAUCUUGCUUUCUUAUGCUCCAAGGAGUUUUCUUUCCAGAAACAUCCCAACCUCCCUUGUCCCUUUAACAAUUCAUGGAAAACUGAGCGUACCAGUCUCUUUUCAUCAUUGUGGGAGAAAUCAGUUUGCAAUUUUUAGUCCGUACGACGUAUUUAUUUUAUGAUCUGUCAUUAUUGAAGGUAUUUUUUUUAUGAAUUCACUCUGGGGCUGAGGGUAGUGGUCGUCGGCCCUCAGGACACGCGGGGACGAGACCAUGAAUUAUAAAAUUCAAUCUCGCGUGAUGAAUCUUACAUGACUCGACGUGAGGUAAAGGAUGGGAACGUUUGAGGAAUAGGUAAUGGGGUCUGACGGAACGUGACUUCUGGCUGAUGCUGUUAAUCAAGAAUAGUUCGGCGCCACCUCACAAGGGUUCAUCCUGUGCAAUGGGGAUCACCGCAAAAUCGAUACCAUUCGUGUGCGAAAUGUGAAACUCGAUUAUAUGUCCAUGCGAAGUGCUGCUUUUGUUUCGCUUGCAGGUUGUCAACCCAUGAAAACAUCGUUUGAGACUUCUUGGUAGUUUUUUUUUUUAUAUUUAAAGUCACGGUGUCUGAUGUGCCAAGAUCCCAAAUAGUUGGCGUUACAUCAUGUGUUGACUUUUUCCAACGAGUUGAAAAUACAAUCCUUCAGUAUACCAUUCCCAUACUACAGUAUAUCAUACUAUCCAAUCUUUAAUAGUUUCAAGGUGUCUUUAUUAUAGGUCUAAUAUGAUUUUGUCAAAAUCCUGUCAAAUUACACAAAGAAUUUACAAUUAUAGCACAUAUAUAAUAUAUGGCGGAAAACACAGACAAGACUGAAAAAGCAGUUUCUGCUUUUGCUCUCCUCUUUAAAAUAAACUGCUGUAUUUUAAGCCAAAAAAAACUGUUGUGUUUGAUAGAACAAUAUGUCUAUAUGCUGCCAUAGCAGAUUCAUGGCGCAAUAAGCCCCCGAACUAUUUUGAAUUUGUCUGUUUUACCCUGGAAACCCCCGUUUUCAGACGUCGGGCAACCGCUUUUGUUUCAACCAAGCCAUAAAACGGAGGUAAUUAAUAAUAUCUAUAAUUCAAAAUGUCAUUUUUAGCCUAGAAUCAUUAAUUGAUAUCUAAUAUUUUGUUUAAAAAAAAAAAAACGACAAAAAAAUUAUUCACUCGCAUAUUUUAAACUUUUAAACAAAUUACAUCACAAUUAAAAAAAAAAGGUGUCUGUCAAAAAGUCACAGAUAUCUACCUCAUAACUAUCGCUUAAUUGUAUUUUUUUUUUUUUUUUUUGUUACUGUCGCAUUUUCUCCGAUAUGUUAGAUGAUAAAUAAUCAAUCCAAACAAAGAAAAAAAUGAAAAGAAAAAAAAAAAAGUUUAAAAGGAUAAAUAUAUGAAAAAGAAAAUCUCGGCCACUCCUUGAUGUCUGCGAUUUCUGCAUUGUGACCCUUGUUGUAUUACCAUGUUUCACCCAUAAAAUCCCCCAAAAAUCCAGCUGUGGCUAUUCACAGCUGUGUCUUGACACUCAGUGAUAUAUGCUACAUGGAGUUUUUGGAUCGAAACAAGGAAAGUACGUGAUAAUAUCCCGUUAAAAUCAUGGCGUCUUUAAUUAUGCUCUCGCAUGCUCUCACCUCCAGUUAGGGUUUUGCCGUUUUUUUGUUGUUUAUUUUUUCAAAUGCCCUCCUGUUCAAAAAGUUUCUUCCCCCAGAAAAUUGAGAUUUUAAGCUUUCCAAUCAUGUAUCACACAUGCAUAUCGGACAUUUUUUAAAUUUGGCCAAAUUGGGUGUCUCAGAGCGGAACUUCAAGUCACCUGAGUGUUUUCUGCUAUGUUUUUUAGAACUAUGAGUAAAUACUGUAUUACAUUAAUAAAUCAGAGAUUUAAGACGAGAUAUGGUUGAACAGAGAGUGGCUUGACAAAUUGUCAUAUAAUUUUCUACUGUACAUAAAUAUUAGCUCUGUGUGCAGAGCUGUUUAUAGAGCAAAUAUGAAAAAUACAAGACUGUUUCUUGAGGAUACCAAGCACAACCAGCCAGAUGGCCCAGCCAACAACGGCCCAACUAAACUGUGACAACUCUCGGAGCGGAUCAGUCAGCUCAUGUCGAUGAAUAAAGAAGCUAUCUAGGAAAACUAGUGUGAGUUGUAGGGUACAUUUAUCAUCCACACUGGCUUAGGCAGCUCAUCGCCGAUGGACUACUGGGUCUCUCUGUGCAAUUUGCACUGAUCGGGCGGUUGUGGUGAAAGCAUACUACUACAAUGCAGAGGAAAAUACACUAUGGAACUCCCUCAGUAGCAAUGAUGGAAAUCUAAUAUAACAAUAUAGACAAUAGAAGCUCAUACAAUACAGUUGACAUUUUCAUAUCGUACUGCAAAAGACUUGAUAAAUUGUUCUAAAACUAUGCCAUUUUCCAUUUGCAGCUCCUGUUGCAACCUGAACAUUCUCUAUUUACAAACCAUUUAUACAAUGCCUUUGAAAUUGAGAUGCCAUUUUCCCUUUUAAUUCACAAAAAAAACACUUUUUUUUUUUUUUUUUUAAUAUUCUGUGGUAUAAACCAGUGGUUCUCAAAAUAUGGUAUGAGUACCACUAGUUGUACACGAGCUCCUUCUAAUGACUAAAUCAAAUGUUUGAAUUACUUUUUUGGAACCACUAAUGCGCACAUACAGU